UGUGGUCACAUGGACGGGAUGAGAGACAGAGAGAGGGGAGGGCUGAAUGACGGUCCGGAGCGCUAGACAGGAGGAAAGAGAAUAACGGCGUAGUUCGGCGGAGCCAUGUCUUAAAGCUGGAAUAGAGAUAUACAUCAAGAACGAGUCUUUCUAUCCUUCCGAAAAUGAGGUACUGACAGGAUCCAAGAUGUGACCUCAUAUGUUUAAAGACUCAUACAAAUAACAAAAACAUUAUCAGGACGUAAAAACUAUCCCACCAUGCAUCCCUCAUCUCGUCCAUUUGUGCCCCCACGUUCCCGCAGAUUUGACAAUAGGCACUCGGAAGCCAAGCCAAGCCAAGGGACCAAGAGGGAGGACAAAAACAUGAACACAGCAUUUUCAUCCCCUCGACGAGGCACCCGGGGACCACCUGAGUGUUCCAGGUUAAAGGGCCCCAGUCAAGGUGCUCGAGCCUCAGUAGUUCAGCCCAAACUUGUGCGGCCACAAAAGAAUAGUGCUCAAGCAAUCCCAGCAAUCUCAAAACCAAAAAGUGGAUGCACUGUUUCAAACCUAGCCCUAGAUGUGGAUCCAAACUGCAAUCAUCCCAGCCUACCAUGUCUGUGUUGUGAUGGUCAUUCACCUCAGGAUAGCAACAGCCUUUAUAAUCACAACCAUUUCAACAAUAACACUGUAACCAUCAGGCAACAAAUGAAGCUAGCACCACCACCUCCUCUCAAGGAUAAAUUGGCAGUUCUAAAACAAGACUUAAAAGAAGAUGAGGGCAAGCCAGAAGUUAAGCAACCUCAUGCCAUCCCAGUCGAGGAGAAAAAUGAAGAAAAUGGCAAUGUGGAUGAAAAAGAUGAAGCUGGCCUCAAGAAUGAUGACAACAGUGUAAAUGUAAAUGAAAAUGUCGAUGUAAAUGGUAACGGUAAUGGUGAUGGCGAUAUUGUUGAUGAUGAUGAAGACGAUGAAGAUGAUGAUACACUUGUCCCUUCUUGCGGCAAUUGCCCAGAAUCCAUGCUGGACUUCUCUCUUACAUCUUCCACCUCAUCUUCUUCCACAUCCAUUAGCAGCUGCUCAGAUCUGGAGUGUGACUGCCCAGAUACAUUCUCCCUGUCAUCACAGGACCAAGAGGCUCCUGAAUGCUAUCCAUCUUCACUUUCCCCAGACUUUCAGACCAAUAUCGUACCAUUGGAUCUCAACGCUUCUGCAAGACCACCAAUUUCCCCUUGCUCUUCUGAUGAAGGCUAUCCCUCUGCCCCAUCCUCCCCCUCCUGUGACUACACAGAGAGCAAGCCAUCAGAACAAGGAAAAUGUAUUAAAGUGGAUCUUCUCAACUUUAUAGACUCCAUGGAAGAGUUGGGCAAAGUGGAUCUGUUCUACCGCAUUGUUCAGAUUGCACAUUGGGAACUGGAUGGUGAGCUAAUUGUGAAAGAUAGGCUGGAUCACCAACAGAAGCUUCAGAGGGUCAACAAAGAGGUGAAAUUGGCCUAUCUUUUGAAACUGCAGGAGGAAGGAUUGGACUUUGAUGAUAUCACUGGAGUUUUGAAUGAUUUGGGCAAUAUUGACAUUCCAUGGAAGCUGUAUAAAAACAACAAAUCAUUUGAUUCCCAGGAAUUUUCUGAUGCAGGGGUGGAUCUGACAGCCCCUUCUGAUCUUGAUGAAACCCCUCUCCCUGAUUCUCUUGCUCCAUCGCCAUUGGAUCUUCCUCCCCCUCCACGGCCCCCAAAACCUCCAAAAAGACAUGCGAGUGCCCACCCAGAAUCAAUCACGUACAAAACCAUUAGUGGACAUACCAUCGCAGUGUCAUCCACCAACGACACUUCUCCUUUUUCAACAAGUGUCUCUGUUCCUCCAUUGCCUCAUUUGUCAUCCUCACUCCAGGCCUCGAAACCUCUUACCCUUCCUCCUCCUCUUUCUCAGCCCGUGCCCUACUUCACCCUAAAUACAGACUCGCCCACUUUCAUCUCCCCCACACCACCUAUUCCUCCUCCUAGAAGACGUCAUAAGGCCCGUCUAGAGGCUCAGAGGCUUGCUGAGCUUGAAAGAGAAAAGACCCCCCAGUCCCUUCCACCUCCAAUGUCCAAACCUCCACCAUUGCCACCUCCACCUGCGUUGUCCCCACCUCCAGCUAUUCCACCUCCACCAUCACUCCCACCCCCUCCAUCUUUUCAUGUAUUGGAUGUCGAAAUCCGAAAGUUGCUUGCAUUGGCAGGCCUUACCCAAGCUGAAUUGCUUAAACUCAGUCCUGAGUUGGGUGUCUGUGUGGACGUGGUCCUGGAGAAUGAUCAGCAGGCAAUAUCUGGUGUCUCUCAGAUGGGAGAAAUUAGAGUAAACAGGACACAAAAAGAUAAUAGGGAGGUUGUAGAUGAGAGGUUGGAUUCCAUAUUAAGAGAAGAAACUAUAUUUGGGAAAGACUGGUCUACCGGUGUGAAGGAAUUAGAUAUACUUAGUGAAAAGGACAAUUCUAAAGAUGAACAGAAAGACGCAAACAGGACAACGUCCUUCGUGGAAGCAAGGCAACGUAAGAGUGAUGAUGGAAACUGUAAUAAUAGCUGUAGCUGUGGUUUUGGAUCCAAUGUUACCUUAUUUCCCCACUCAUAUUACAGUGCCAAUCUUAGCAAUACAAACAUCCCGAAUGUAAGCUUUGGGAAUUUUGAUUAUACUUCAGUAAUGUCUGACACCCCACCACCUCCUCCUCCUCCAAGACCUUUGCCCCCUCGUCCACCAGUAGUUUCCAAUUCUUCCGAACUUCCCUGUCUCAAGCCAUGCACUCUACCUGCCAAUGCCUCUCGCCCAGAUAGAUUUGACUGGCUGAUAGCCUUUACCCCAGAUACAGAGUCUCCACCCCUUGAGAUGCGAAAAUCAUCCAAUGAUGGCAUGCUGCACAAAGCAACUUCAGGCUCAAAAGUCACAACCUUUAAAGAACUACGCAACAGAAGCAAACAGAGUUCCCCACCUGCUCCUGUUCAACCAGAACCAGAUCCAACUGUAAUCACACCAGACCCUGAUUUCCUGUACAACCUCAAAUGGAGGAAAGAAAAAAUUGAUGGGGAUGGCUGGGAAUAUACUUCCCAAGCACAAGCUUCUUUUCUCCAGCCGCCACCUACUCCAGCCUCGUUGUCCCUCUUUAGGGAAAUGUGCCGUCUGAAUAUACAAGAGAAUUGUCCAGCAGAGCUGGCCAGCAAUGCUUCCCAACAAAUUGGCUGUUUGGUCAGUGAAGGCAGCCUGAGGACUUUUUGUGGUGAAAGAGAUAAUGAGGGUCACACCAAAAAGACAGAAGAUGAAGAGAAAGUGGAGGUUAGAGGAAUGGCAGAUGGAGCAUGGACUUUGGAAUCCAGGACAACAGUGUCCUCACCUCCCUUGUCUCUUGCCUUGCCCCACUCCUCGACCUCUCCUUAUUACCUGCACUCUGGUCCACUGUCACAAGCCUCCCAAUUUUACCACACUGACACUAACAGGGAUCAUGCCGUGGCCCAAUAUGGGGCUUCCAUAUACAUUUCAAAACCACCAUGCAUAACUCCCACCUCUGACCCCAGUAGAGAGGACAAUACUGACUCCCUGUACUGUGCUGGCUCAGAAAACAAAAAGUUUUUGUUCUGUAAACAAGGAAAUGAUCGCAAUGGUAACAUGGAUUCUCUGUACCACCAAUGCAAUCAUGCUGAAAGCUUUCUAGAUUCUUUAUACCUCUAUGGCCCUGAUUCUGACAACAAGACAACAAACUUUUGUCCUGGGUUUAACAGUGAAUUAGAUUCAAUCAAAAAUGAAGACUCACUCUACUGUGAUGGCAAAUACACAAGAAAUACCUUGAAGCUUUUCACUGAACCUGAACCACCAACUGACGUUAACACAUUCACUGACGGCGACAUAACACCAUAUAAAAACAUUGAUAUGCAAAGCUACAUAACUAUGCGAAACCUCAAAAACCGGAACUAUACUAACAGUUACCAAAAUGCUAAUUAUCUGUUUGAUUUGAACUCUGACAACGAUUACACUGCACCACUUAUUGACUCGUUUUUUGACUACAAUAGCAACGAAAAGACAGCACAAAACAAACAAGAGGUUGAAACUUUCCCUGCUUACUACCUUUACCACCCCAAAAACUGCCCCCUUCACAAGGGUGCACCCCCACGCCUGUCCCCCAUAGGUGCAAUUUCCCCUCCUCAAAGGUCCGGGCCACCAAUUCCUGGUACAGAUGUUGCCCGUCUCUGUUCACCCCUCUUCCCUCGCAGUCACACUUUUCCUGCCCUUGCCGCCCCCCUCUAUUACCCCUAUCUGUACACACAUCCUGUUCAAGCCCCUCUGCAGGAGCCAUCGGUCCCCAUACUUCACUCUCAGCAGAGUCCACCACCGCUCACUUUGACUGUUCGCAGCAUCUUAUUUGCUGGCUCUGAGCAGAAGAACGUGGCCUGGAUGGGAGAUGAUGUGAGGCUCGCACUGAAAGCUGACGGGCUGUCUUCUGCAUGCCCGCACGAAAAGAGAACUCUUGUCAAUGCAGUCAGUGUGGCAGUAGAAUCUAUUUUGGCCCAGUUUAGUUCAUCCAGGACCGUAGUGCAGAAGUUUCACUCAGUAGAUCAGGCUCUCUCUGGAGACAGCAAUGUAAAUCCCUCUUUGGGUCGUAUGGUACUGCAGUGCCUUUGCCCAGCCCUGUGCAGCCUGCUCUCUGAUGGAAUUAAGCCCCACCAGAGUGACCUAAUUGCAGGCAGAAGGCCAAAUUCACCCUGGGGAUUGGUUCAGGCCUCCACCAAACCAGGCCCGAGCACACAGGCUUUGCACAGCCUCCAGACUAAAGUAGCAGGGCUUUCCCAACUUAAACAGAGCAGACACCGGUUCAACGCCUUCCUGUUUGGCCUUCUCAAUAUCAAACUCCUAGAUUUCUGGUUUUCUCAUCUGCAGUCCUGCAGUGAUGUGUUAGAGACAUAUUAUCGCCCUACUUCCUUCAUGCGUCUAUCACUCACUUCUUGUCAGCCUCUCUUUGAGGAGCUCCUCCUCCUCCUGCAGCCUCUCUCUCUUCUAACCUUCAACCUCGACCUGCUGUUUCAGCAUCACCACCUUGACCCCGCCUCCCCAACUCUUACCCCAGCUAGUCACAGCUCCGAGAUAUAUGGCCCGCCUAAUGAAGACUUAUCACCUAAGGUGCUUUUCCAAAGGAGUGGUCAUCAUCUUGGGAGUGUAUUAAAGCAAGACAAUGGUGGUUUGGAUUUACAAAGCACCAGUCCCAAUGCAGGUCUCACAAGCCUACCCAGUCAUGCUCUUGAUGUGUUUGAAGAGGCAGCCUAUCGCGAUCCAGUUUCGCUGUCGUCUGGUGUCACCAAGGAGAAAGCCAGUCUUCCUUUAUCGUGGCUGAAAGGGAGUGAGAUCUCAGCACCUCUUAGUGGUGGGAGUGGAGCAAGUCUUUCGCAGCAGGCAGGCCAAGCUCUUCAACAAGGCUGGGGGGCAGUGAUGCGUCUGGGGGAGCAUUUAGGGCAGAACUUUGGUUUGGCCAACUCUAGCUCCUCAGAGGAUUUUAAAGGUCCUAACUCACCAGAUGACUCCAAGACAAGCUUCUCACUGAAUCCAAAAAGUCCAGUUGAAAACAGACAGCAACCAAGAGAGGAGCUUUCCUUGUGGGAUAGUGGAGCAGCUGUUCCUUGGGGCCUGGGAAGGCUCUUUGGAGCUUCUAAGAGCCCCAACAACCCUCCAACAAGCAGGCGCCCUUCUCAGUGGCUCUCCCCUGGCAUAUCUGUCCUUACCCGCAUAGUGAAUAUUGGCCAGGGUUUUCCGUCUGAGGAGAAAGACCUCCAGAAAAGCAAAGAAGACGAAAAUGAAAAGAGUAAGGAAACCAGAGAUCAACCGAGGCCUUUAAGGGUGAUCAGAACUCUGUGUGACCACACCGGAAUUGGGACAGAACUGAGCUUCAGGAAAGGUGAGGAGCUUGUUCUACUGGGUGGUGUGGACCAUGACUGGAUUCGCUGUCGUCAAGGUGACAAGGAGGGCCUUGUUCCCAUUGGUUAUGCUUCACUUGUCAUGUGACUUUAAAUCCUAAAUGAUACCUGGAUGUUUGUGUGAAGGAAUAUCAGGGGAUAAUUACUAAAAUAUAAGGAAAAAGAGACCAUAUAUAGAUGUAGUAAUUAGUAGCUGUGUUAUGUGUUUAUCUGUUUAUUUCUGACCCUUGUGGCCUGGUUUGCGAUGUCUGAAAUAUUUUCUGUGAUAUACUGUAUAGGGCACAAAUUCACCAUACGUUACUGUACAAAUCAUAUAUAUAUAUAUAUAUAUAUAUAUAUAUAUAUAUAUAUAUAUAUAUAUACAUAUAUAUAUAUUUACCAUAGAUUUUAUGAAGAUAGAUAGACAGAUAAACAAAAAAUAAAAGUGAGUAAUGAAAUGGAAAAAUAUUUGUAUUUAUUAUUAGGUGUUCGGCCAUAACAAACUGCUUACCCAAAAGCUUGCUUAAAAAAAGCUCAGCACACAGUUAUCCAAAGAAAUGGGUAUAUUUGUAAAACAUUUCAGUAUAGUACACCAUUUUAAUACCUAUAAACAUAAACAAUAAACCAUUAUCCUUAUGCAUCUAUUCUGGUUCCACACAAAACUGUGUGUGUGAAACCCUUCGUAUUUUUCUUGACAUAUCAUCAGCCCAGCAUUAUGUUGUAAAGGUAAGCAGAACUUAUUGAGUACUGCAAUGAGUCUUUGUUAUUCUGGAGCUGUGUGACAGAAAGAUAGUAAAAGAUUUACUGAAGUUAAAUCUUUAAUUUAUUAAUGGUUUGGUUUUGUUGGUAUUAUUGAGCUCAUUUUAAUAAGGCUCUUUAGAGAUUAACUGACAAGUCAAUCUAUUAAGCAAUUGCUUAAUGAUUCAGAUUGCUUUAUUCCUCAACAUAUUAAUGCUUUUUUGUCCUAAUUUGUAGACCAACAAUAAAUAGAAGAAAAUGGUAGAUUAUUUCUCGAUGUUGCCUAAAGAUGCCCUAAUUUACACCCUUUUAUUAUCCCACUUACCAAAAUGCGUACCAAAUGUCUUUUUUGAAGAAUCACAUUGGAGUUGGAUUAUAAUUCUAUUAUUGUUGUACAACUAUGAAUGGUAAUAGUCAAACAUAUUAGUGUGGUAGUGUGUAGAUAAUUAUUUUAUUUCUAACAACAUGAUGGCUAAUGUGGUAUGAUCUACUGUAUAUCACCAUGAGCUUGAUAGUGAUGACUAUGCAUAAAUUGUACCGUACUAUUUAUGAGGCUUGUUGCUGGGGAAACCAUAUCUGAUUGACAGCAUUAAGGAUUUUCUUUUGAAUGGAUAUUCUGUGUUGUUUAAAUGCUUUGAAUCAGGGGUUUACAUACUGCAUGAACAUGUAUGAAUGUGUGUAGACAAUAGGCCUAUCAGUAAACCCAAAACACAACUUGGUAUCUUUCUUUAUUUGUGAGCAUGGGUACAUUCACUCAAAAUACAAACACUCCAUGCUUAAUAUAAGGGCCAUGACUGUAGUAGCUGUAGUGGGAAAGGUGAUCUAAAUUUGACCUUGCGUAUUCUUGUUUAUUAAGUGGCACCCUAUGUGUUUUUCACAAUUGAACGCUCAACUGUAGUAUUAUAAAUGUUACCUUUCAUCACUAAUCAAAUGAGCUGCUAAUUAAUUGUAUCUUCUUGAUAAACACUGACUAAAUUAAUCCAUUGAGGGAAAGAAAUGAUUAUACAUUGCAUUUAGUGUCCACCAUUGGACACUCACACUGACUGAUGGAACAGCUAUUAGAGAAGGCGUGUUGUUGUGUUAAUGUGCAAGUUUGCAUGGAAUAAAGCUACAAUCCAUCACACCACAUACUGAUGUACCUUCUGGACUGUUCCAACCAAUAGCAGAAAUGCAGUGUGCUACAAUAGCAGUUACCUCAUUGAAAAAAAAAAUACCCCCGUAGCAUUCACAGCAAUGUAUGUUUACUGUGUGAAAGCUGUAUGAACUUAAAUCUCAAGUUUACUUAAUAUAUGGGAUUUAUCUAGCAACAAGUAUGUCAAGGGACAUUUGGUUCAUUAUUAUUGGGUAGUUUAGGGGACAUAUUUAAUAACUUAAGAUCUGAGACUGAACUCGGUUAGCUUACGAUAAUUGGCUUGAUCUUCAAUGUCCCUAUUUAAAAUAAACAAAUAAGGAAAAUGCCCUACAUUUUAUCAUGGUAAAAAAAGAAAAAAAAUCAUAGUUCUAGGAUAGGCUGUCAUGGACUUCACAGGGCAAACUGCAAUGAUGCAUGAUUAGGAUUUUUCUGUUAAUUUAUUAAUAUUGUUUUAUUAUUUUGGUAGCUGAUAUUUUCAUUUACAAUGUGCAUUUACAGUUGUGAAAUGUACACGACAUUCAUUUGUUUUGGAGAAAGCGUUUCUGCAUCAUAAAGAAAGUGUCUUUAUUGUUUGUGGUUAAUUAUAUCAAUUUAUUCUAUCAAUUUAUUCUAUCAAUUUCUAUCUGUUCCUCUUGUCUGUCUCUCUAUCUAUCUGUUGGUGUGUGUGUGUGUGUGUGUGUGUGUGUGUGUGUUUGGUAAUAAGUUGCAUAGCUCUCUGUAGUAAUGUCCAUUGCUGGUAGCACAUUUAUAGCAUAACGUACUGUGUACCAACUCUUGAGUUCUGUAAUUCCCGUGAAUCAGCUCUAUGCAUGUUGCUGUGUAAAUAUACCCAAUAAAAUAAAAUAAAAAACAUA